AUGGCGGAUGAGGAUGUUCUUGACACUGAACAAGGUCUCUAUCCACGAACAACAAGACAGCGACAUACGGACGAACAGGAGUGUGCUGAGAUGAAGCUGAGCCUGCGGCUGGUAUUUAUCCCAGAUGAAGUCAUCGGAUCAGAUAAUUCGAGUCAAACCUGGACUCCUUGGGCCGCAACUCAUCUCAUCCAUCCCAAGACACCGACUAGGACGGGCAAGAUGCGAAUGACGGAACCAAACCCAACACCCCACUUGGCCCUAGUGCUUGUUAACCAACAACGGUGGCCAACGCAGAAGCAACUAUAUGUACAGAUUGGCCGUCACGUUGUUGGGCGGUUGGAUGAGGCGUUGGGCAUGGAUUUGGCAUGGCGUCGGCGGUGGGCAGGAAGGAAUGUUAAGAAUGCGAUCGAGAGGGACAUGUGUGGAAUGUCGCUCUUGUUCAUGUCGCCAGCGGAAUCAUAUCUGCUGUAUCAGUGCAUUGUCACAUCUGUGUGGCUGCUUUCUUUCCUGCUGCUGGUUAAAUAA